AUGGGAUCCCACGGUGCAUCGUCUUACCGGAAUGGUUCGAGGACCGGUGGCAGUUCCAGUUCCACUAACAGUGAUGUCUCGGAACGCUCGAAAAGCACGGCCCCUACGAUCUACAGCGAUCGACCCACUCCCCUUCACCGAGGAGGCAUAGACAUGGACAUUUACGAUGAAGAAGAUCCUAAAGCCUCAGUGUCGACCUACGCCUCUACGGUCCCGUCGGAAGAUGAUCCCCCAGAGACCCCGCGCUACGAAGUAAUCGACCGUCAGCUGGACGUUUUCUCAACAGAUGUUGUCCCUUCCGACCCGUCGACUUUUGGGCAGCUAUUCCCGUCCUCUCGACGACUCCUGAUUCGACAUGACGAUGCAACACUCGAUGGAAACAUGAACCUCCGCGUCGACACGAUGGUGCCGCAAAGAGGCGGAUAUCAGCAAGAUGUAACGUUGUUCCAUCUUCGCAUGUAUGACCUGUUUACGCGAAAGUGCUCCUUCCGACGCUACUGUCGAGACUCUGGGCGGGAAGUGUGCCACUCCGAACGACGGCCUGUCGCGUCGAGUUCGGACAGGCAUCCGGUGUUUCGACGGUCUUGGGGUAGUGUGUUGGCUAGCUUGCGGCCGGGUUCAAGUGGCCACGGAUCACUGCCUAGCCACGAACAUAAGCGCCAGGACUCCGGCUAUAGGUCGGCGGAAGAUGAUGAUGAAUCUUUUGAGGACAAGCCCUCCGACCACAGAGGUGGUUGGGAUCGCCAUUUUGUGCUCACUGAUAGCACUUUAUUGGAAUUUUCCAAUUAUGCUCACGUAGAACUGAGGCGCCGGGGUGCAGGUCUCUCCAAGCGAUAUGAGUUUGAGUACUGGUCGACACGGUACCAAUGGAGACGCGAGUGUCGGAAAGAGGGAGAGUUGCGCGAAGUCUCCUAUCACCUGGUUAACACGCGCACAUCCAAGACUGUCGCCCAUAUUGUCCCAGAGAUCCUGACACCGAUGGAAGCAGCUGAGGAGGAGAAAAAGGGCGGAUGGGUUCCACCAUCAUCCAUGUGGAUCAGCGACCCGUCAGUGUAUGAGAAGAUGCCCGACGUCGCCGAAUUGGGAUUUGGCAAGGGUGGGUUCGCAUUGAAUUUUGGUUGGUCCAUGUGCUCUAAAUUUUUCUUGUCUACUUCUUCCUGGUAUUUGCGCAGUUGGAAGGGGAGUGGGGGUGGUACAUUUGGGCGGUUGCCGGAAGGACAGACCGGCAUGAUUGGCGAUGAUGUGUUACAGGAACCCGAGGGUCGUGCAGUACUAAGUAGUACUAGGCAAGCAAGUGGGUGGUGUGAACCUGAGUUGGCUGCCUGUUUCAGCCUCACCUUUCCUUCUCUCUGCUGGCAUCUUCCUGGUACUAUUUUGAAUUAUGAUCAGCAUUGA